CACUCCUCCGACUUUUUGUUUCUUGAAAUAAUUGCUUUCGUAGUCUGGCGACGGUAGUGAGUACUCGAUUGGCGAUGUUCACCGUGAAGCUUGUUAGGAUCAGAGGACUGAUUACAAGCCAGGUAACAGCCUGUGAAAGAGACCGCUGUGGUGGCGAGACCUCCAAGUCGAAUUCAUUGUGAGGCCCCCUUUCUACUCGACGACAGGCUUAUCUGACUGGAUGGAUACCCUGAUGUCGUCUCAAGACAUAGACGGUGGAAUCCCAAAAAAAAAAACACCAUGUCGGCUUAUUCACCACCUCUGACUCCUCCGCUACGCAGGGUCAAGCCGCUCCCAAAACGCCAACGCACAUCGCCCUCGUCGUCUCCGCCUCUUGCACCUUUGCCGCUCGAGUACUAUAUGCCGAUUUUGACGAAUCUCCUUGAGGAAUCUCGCAUCGAAGGUGGCAAUGCCAAGAAACGCAAGGUCCCCCAUGUGGUUGGUGGCGAGGUCCAGGGACGUGUCUCAAGGAUCACUGCUGCUGGAAUGCAGUUCAAGGAGAGCGUUCGAGUUCGCCGGAAACAUCUCGAGGGUCUGGUAGAGGAAGGAGAAGCAGACGUAGUCGAACGAGCAUUGAUGCUUGGGCUGCUUGGAGACAGGGAAGGGAAACGUCGACGCCUCUCGAAGAGGGAAGUGGUCAGAGCGGGAAGAUCUGUCGUUAAACGACCUCCUCUCAAAGAUUUGGAAGGGUUUGCGUUUACCUUCAAUUACCCUUCUGAAGCUACCACGAACCUUCGAAAUACGAAAAGUGCCGUAGAUCUGCUUCGGAAAAGGUUAUCAGCACCAAAGAAGAAACCUACUGCCGCUGCAAAUGCCAUCAAACCUCUGCCACCUCCUCCAAAUGCGAAGAAGAAAACGAAAAAGCGUAGCGCCCUUGCAAAUGCUUCGAACCCCCAUCAUUUGCGGAACUACGUGCCUUCUCGCGUUCCAGGCGCUGAGCAGCCCGUUAGCAAUACCAAUAGCGAAUUCGUGGCGGUGAGGUUCCUCACUGCAGAAAUACCCCCACGGAAGAGUAAAUCGAAGAACGGCACCUCUACCCCUACUUCUCUUGCACAACAAGGUACGAACGAGUGGAUUUGCGCGUACUGUGAGUAUGAGCUCUUCUAUGGCGACGAGGAAGGGUAUCGACGAGCGAUCCGAAGACGGAAGAAGAUUCUCAGAAGGCGACGAAGAGCCCGUGAGAGAGCUGCCAAAGGGGUUGCUGGCAGACGGGUUGAGAGAGAGGAUAACGAUGGUGAUGAGCCUGUCAGUGAGGAGGAUGAUUUCAUUCAGCCCGUUGCUGUUGGCCAGCGAAAUGGCGUGAACGGCAAGGGAGAAGGAGGUGGAGAGACUGGUUAUGGAUGAUGUCGCUUUAGUACUGUAUCUAAUCAGUCUAUCUCUGGAAACCUAACUGCUGUUAAUCAGGAUCUUUGUUUCGUGAUAGCAUCAAGAAACUGAGCUGGUACUCUCCUCUAGCUCAGUCACAUGCAUUCUUUCUCUGGAGCGCUGCCUCAUAACGACAGGUUAACAUGUCGGGUUACUUAUGUAGUAUGUGCUUCAUUAUAUUCGUCGUACAUAGCUCCUUGUCAUAGAAAAGGUGACAUGUAUACAUACUCACGCUGAUCUUUGAGAAACGAGUCAAAGCGC